AUCCCCCCCAACCUGCCUUGCUCCGUCACGCUGCAGCCGGGCCCGGAGGACACGGGGAAGGCCUGCGGUGUGGACUACGAGGUCAAAGCUUUCUGUGCGGAGAACCUGGAGGAGAAAAUCCACAAGAGGAACUCGGUGCGCUUGGUGAUCCGUAAGGUCCAGUACGCGCCCGAGCGACCCGGCCCCCAGCCCAUGGCAGAGACCACCCGGCAGUUCCUCAUGUCGGACAAACCCCUGCACCUCGAGGCGUCCCUGGACAAGGAGUACGCCGACAUCUGCCUCUUCAACACUGCCCAGUACAAGUGCCCGGUGGCCGUGGAGGAUGCCGACGAGAAUGUGGCAGCCAACUCCACCUUCUCCAAAACAUACUCCGUCACCCCCCUGCUCUCGGCCAACCGUGAGAAGCGAGGCCUGGCUCUCGAUGGCAAGCUCAAGCACGAGGACACCAACCUGGCCUCCACCACCAUGUAA